AUGCUGAAUUUUUUCAACUUGGUGAUUCUCGCGGUGAUUUCGGCACUUUUAUACGUUCACAGGGUGUUCAAAAAAUCCCAACAAUUUUUCGAUAAAAAUGCCAUACCGUAUAAGAAACCCACGUGGUUGGUGGGUAACAUGGGCGAAGUGCUGAUGCUGAAGAAACCAUUGGCGGUGUUGUAUCGCGAUUUGUACCAGAGCUUCGAACCCCAUCGAUUAGCCGGAGUGGUCGUAUUUCACAAGAGCGUUAUCAUGGUUCGAGAUCCGGAACUCAUUAAGCACGUAUUGGUUAAAGAUUUUUCGCAUUUUGUCGAUAGAGGUAUCAAGGUUAAUGCGGACGUCGAGCCUUUGAAUAACCACCUGUUGAGCAUGAAAGGAGAAGAAUGGAAAAACCUCAGAGUCAAAUUGACCAGCACUUUCACCAGUGGAAAAAUGAAACUCAUGUUCCCCUUGGUGAAAGAUUGCGGAGAUAAAUUAACACAAGUAUUAUCAUCAAUGCCCUCGGAACCGUUCGAUGUUAAAGACCUUUGCGCCAGAUUUACCACCGAUGUAAUUGGAACCUGCGCUUUUGGAAUCGAAAUUCAUUCCUUAGAAAAUCCAGAUUCAGAAUUUCGUUCUAUGGGAAACCAAUUAUUCGAGUUCAGAUACCGAUCAAUUAUCCGUACUUUAUUCCCGGACAUCCCGAAAAAAAUUAUCGAAUUUUUUAACCUGAGGUUCAUCGAUCGAAAAGUCGAAGAUUUUUUCUACUCGAUUGUCGAAAACACCAUAAAACAUCGCGAAGAGAAUAAAAUAACCAGAUACGAUUUCAUCGACCUGUUGCUUUCGUUGAAAAAUCAAACCAUGGAUAAAUACCACGAUCAUCACGACGAAUCCGAAAUCAAUCAAUAUCUCAAGCAACUCGGUGAUAAAUCCAUCAAUAAGCCCCAAAUCGACAUGACGUUAGACGUAAUGGCAGCCCAGACUUUCCUAUUUUUCACGGCUGGUUUCGAGACAUCUUCGACAGCUCUGGCAUACCUAAUGUUCGAGUUGGCAUUAAACAAAGAAAUCCAGGAUAAAGUUAGAGACGAGGUGAACUCGGUGAUCGAAAAUAAUGCCGAAGGGUUGACUUACGAAGCUCUCAAAGAAAUGCCCUACGUUGAUAUGGCAAUCGCUGAGAUCCUUCGGAAAUACCCUCCAGGAUCGUUUCUAGCUCGAGAAUGUACUCAAACUUACAAAAUUCCCGAUACAAAUAUCAUAAUACCUGAGAAAACUGCGAUUAUAAUACCUGUUUUUGGAAUACACAUGGAUCCAAAAUACUACGAAAAACCAGAAGAAUUUUACCCAGAACAUUUCACCGAGGAGGCUAAAGCUAACAGACCGCACUACACGUAUAUGCCAUUCGGAGAUGGUCCCAGAGUCUGCAUAGCUGAAAGAUUUGCCAAAAUGCAAGUGAAAAUUGGACUCAUCAGCAUGAUAAGAAAUUUUUCCUACGAAAUCUCGCCAAAGAUGACACUGCCGUUGACAUUUUUACCGAAUUUCGGUUUGUUGGCAGCUAAAAACAAGAUUUUAUUGCAGAGAAAACCUCUCGGGAAAAACGAGGUGUGAAAUUUAGAUCACCUUGCACUUUUGUCCAUUUCAAUUCAGUUCUAUUUAAUUUGAUUCUGUUUCAAGUUCGCUUUAUUUUAAUUGUGUUUCCUUUUAGUUUUAUUUUUUCAUGUAGGUAAUUUUACUUCAAUUUUCAUUUUGUUUAAUUUUAAUUUGAUUUUUUUUUUUGAUAAUUUUUGUUUUAUUUUAUUCAAAAUAUAUUGCUUUCAUUUUAAAUGUCA